AUGGAGAGAAACAAUCCCGAAAACUGCCGAGAAAAUCCCAAAGCCCUGCAGGAGCUGGACCUGAGCCUGAACCCGCUGGGCGCGGGGGCCGUGCGGGCGCUGCCCGAGCUGCUGGCGCAGUGUCCAGCCCUGGCCCUGCAGGAGCUGGACCUGAGCCUGAACCCGCUGGGCGCGGGGGCCGUGCGGGCGCUGCCCGAGCUGCUGGCGCGGUGCCCGGCCCUGGCCCUGCAGGAGCUGGACCUGAGCCUGAACCCGCUGGGCGCGGGGGCCGCGCGGGCGCUGCCCGAGCUGCUGGCGCGGUGCCCGGCCCUGGCCCUGCAGGAGCUGGACCUGAGCCUGAACCCGCUGGGCGCGGGGGCCGUGCGGGCGCUGCCCGAGCUGCUGGCGCGGUGCCCGGCCCUGCUCACUCUGCGCCUGCGCGGCUGCGGCCUCGGCCGCCCCUUCCCCAUCCCGGAGGUGACCCCGCUGCGGACGCUGUCCCUGUCCCACAACCCCCUGGGCCGGGCGGGGCUGGGGCGGCUGCUGGGGACGCUGCCGGCGCGGAGCCUGCGCCGCCUGGAGCUGGCCUCUGUCACCGGCCACCCCCGCGGGGACAGCCCCGGGGACAGCCCGGGGCACGGCGGGGACAUCGGCGGGGACAUCGGCGGGGACAUCGGUGGGGACAUCGGCACCGAGCUGGCCAGCUACCUGCAGCAGGCCGGCUGUGCCCUCUGUCACCUCUCGCUGGCCGGGAACCACCUGAGGGACGGGGACAUCGACGAGCUGGCACGGUGCCUGCCCCGCUGUCCCUCGCUGCUGUCCCUGGAUCUCUCGGCCAAUCCCGGCCUCGGCCCCGGAACCUUCCGGAAGCUCCUGGAAGGGCUGGAGCAGAGGGGGCGGGGCCUGGAGCUGCUCAGCCUGGCAGGAUGCGGCCUCAGGGACCUGGAGCCGGACGGAGCCGCCCGGAGCAAAAUCCGGGAGCUGCGGCUGCCGGGGAGGCGCCUCUGGAACGGACUGGCUUGAACUGGUCUGGACUGGUCUGGACUGGUUUGGACU